AUGUCCGACCAACCGUCCCAAAACCAACAAAAGGGCUUCUUCAGCACCGCAGCCGGCGGCAUCGGAAACACCCUAGGCACCGCAACCGACACGCUAGGAAAAGGCCUCUCGGGCGCCACCGACACGCUCGGCAACACCGUGUCUGGCCUUGGAAAGGGUGUCGGGGACACUGUUACCGGUGUCACGGGGGGUUUGGGGGAUACGACGAAAGCGGCGGGGAAUGCGGUUUCGGGAACGACGAAGGCGGGGGGCGAGGCGGUGGGGUUGAAGAGGGAGGAUCCGAAUGUGCCGCAGUAG